AUGGCGGAGCGGAGGCCUCCAGCCCAUGCGGGGCCUUCGGCUUAUGCAGUGGAAAGCCCACGGGGUCCCAAGCAGGACCACAAGCGCUUUAGCCGCGGCCCACAGGCCUCGGCCAUCACCAAGUCCUCCAUCGUCUUCAACGAGCGGGGGAGCUCCCUGACCGAGGUGCUCGAAAGGCUACGGCGCAGCAUCGCCCUGCGAGGCCUCCGAGGCUGGCUGGCCGUGGUUCAGCGGUUCCAGAACUUCGACUACCGGAGGAAUGGGACCAUCAUGCGCCUGGACUGGCAGCGCUUGAACCGCGUGCUGGGCCUGGGCCUCUCGCCGGAGGAUCAGGAGCUCCUCUUCAAGGAGCUCGCACAGAAGAAGAAAGGUGCAGCCAUGGCGUGGGACUUGGCCAUGACUUGGGCAAGCGCGUGUCUGCACUUGCUGCGAGGGGACAGCCUCGAAAAGGACCGCGAGCAGGCCGUGGAGCAGCUCUACGAGGGCUGGGGCUUCAUCGAGUGCGAGGAGGCGAAGCAGUUCGGCUCCGGGGGGUCCGACGUCUUCUUGCUGAAGAACGACCUGAAUGGCUUUGGCGUCUGCAAGGGCGAUAUUGUGACCUUCAGCGUGACGCAGAGUGACAAGGGCGCCAGGGCCACCGACGUCAAGGUGAAGCAGAAGCCACUGGAGGGAGAGGAGGCCGGAGCUGGCCCGCUCUUCUUCGGCGAAGUCCGGAGCUUCAAUCAGCUCAAGGGCUUUGGCUUCAUCUCGAGUCCAGCGACCGAGAGCCUCUUUGGAAAGGAUUGCUUCUUCAUCAGGAGCGAGUUCGGGGACGCCUGGCCGGAGCAGGGCCUCCACGUGCAGUUCCGGGCCAAGGCAGGAGAGCGAGGUCCGAUCGCUUCGGAUGUUCGUGUGCUGGACCCUCCGGGAGGAAGAUGGGGUGCCAAAGGCUUUGGCAAGGGCUUUCCAAUGGGCUUCGUUCCGCCGAUGCUCUUCGGCUACGGAGGCUUUGGGAAGGGCUACGGGAGGGGCUUCUCCGACCCGAAAGAGACUGAUGUCUUCUUCGGCACGGUGAAGGCCAUCAACGAGAAAGGCUUCGGGCACAUUGCGAGCGAGGCAAUGACCCGAAUUUAUGGCAAGGACAUCUUCGCACACAGGACGAGCAUCGAGGAGGCAAAGGUCACUGCCGGCCAGGCCGUGUCCUUCAGCGUCUCGCCUGGGCCGAAAGGCGCCCAUGCCAUCAACAUCCAGGCCUUUGACGAAGGCAGUGCCGCGAGCUCCUACAGUGGGACAGUGAAAGCCUUCAACGACGCCAAGGGCUGGGGCUUCAUCGACUCGGCUGCGGCGAAAGGCGUCUUCUUGUCCGAGAUCUUCUUGCACAAGAACGAGCUAGCCGGCAGCGUGAAUGUGGGCGACCAAGUCCAGUUCACCGUGGACGUUUCCAACGGCCGUGCCACGGCCAAGAACGUGACAGUACAAUCGGCCUUGGGCGGCGGGUCCCAGGUGACGGCGCAGACGCUGAAGAACAGGUUCGACGCCUCCAGCGCCCCGCAGUGCCUUCUGCGAAGGAAGGAUCCCAGGCAAGCGGAGCAGGAGUUCUUCGAUGCCGUGGACUUCUUUGCAGCAGGCUCGGCCUUCGAUUUCGGGAAGUUCCUGGACUUCUUCCGAAUGGUUUCCGCCGUCCACGAGGACGACGACGAGUUCCGGCUGAUGACCUCCAGCGCCUUUGGAGCCUAG